GGGCAAAAACUCAUUUGCAUAUUUUUUCACAACCAAAACAAAAGAACAAAGAAGAAGAGAAGAAGAGGUGGAGAGGAACAAUGGGAACUACAAAAAGUGAGUUGUAUUUUGUUUUCAUGAAUUACGAUCCUGAAUAUGAUCGUCUUCGAUCUAAUCGAACAAAGAGAGGAUCAAAUGAGCUUGAUUUGUACUUGAGUCAGAAGCACGAUGUGUUGUUGUCGUCGACACUCGAGCCUGGAAGCUACAAGAAGACAUUUUCUUUGGUUAUUGUUGAUGGCUUUGCCGUGGAAAUCACUGAUGAUCAGGCAAGUGUGCUUAGAUCUGCAAAGGGAGUGAGAGUUGUGGAAAAGAAUCAAGAGCUUGACUAGUUUUGGAGAGAGAGAAAAGGGCUUGGAAAUGGAUGAAAAUGAUAAUGUGACUUUGUGUACAUGUUUUAGGCUGGCAAGAACAAGGGAAACUUUGUAUCUCUUGAUUCCAUUAUUGUAAUUCAAUGUAUCUAGUUUUUGAAACUUGCAAAA